GAUACUUGAAUUUGAUCAAAUGCCAAACAAGUACGACGAGCUUCUCACCCGUCUCACUAACCAGACGUCUAGUAACUGGUCCAAGGAACAUGAACUGGCAUUGCUGGAGCCUUUCUCGUAUAUAGCCUCAAAUCCAGGCAAAAAAGUGCGGGGAAAGCUGAUCGAAGCUUUUAACCUGUGGCUCAAUGUACCCGACGAAAAACUCAGAGUGAUCGUUCGCGUUGUUGGUCUGCUACAUAACGCGAGUUUAUUGGUGGACGACAUUGAAGAUGACUCUCAACUGCGAAGGGGGAUGCCAGUUGCGCAUAAGAUUUAUGGAAUACCCCAAACCAUCAAUACCGCAAACUAUGUGUAUUUCCUUGCUUACCAAGAGCUAGCCUGCCUUCGUCACUCGAGCUAUGAUACGACACCCCCGUCCGAAUGUGGUUCAGAACCAACUGUCUGCAAGGCAUCACCUUUGGGUCACAGCAGAUCAAGAAGCCAGCACAUGGACCCUGUGGAACGGCUUAUACCUGAUAGGAACCUAGAUCUUGUAGUCAACGCCGAGCUUCUAUCACUCCAUCGAGGACAAGGUCUCGACAUCUUCUGGAGAGAUCACCUUCAAUGUCCUACAGAAGAUGAAUACAUCAACAUGGUGAAAGAUAAGACUGGUGGUCUAUUUCGGAUUGCAAUCAAACUCAUGAUGGCGUGUGCGACCACCAACACGAUGGUUGAUUAUAUACCGUUGGUCGACCUUAUCGGCAUAUAUUUUCAGAUUCGCGACGAUUAUAUGAACUUGCAGAGCACUCAGUAUACUACACAUAAGGGAUUCGCGGAGGACAUAUCUGAGGGCAAAUUCUCGUUCCCGAUUGUCCAUGGUGUACGCUCAAAGCCUGAUAACAGACAGAUUUUAAAUGUGCUGCAAAAGCGACCAAAGACCCCCACGCUCAAGAUCCAUACUAUAUCAUAUCUGAAGGAUACCACAAACUCAUUUGAGUACACUCUGGCUGUUUGUCGUAGUCUGGAGAGACAAGCGAGGGGCGAAGUUCAAAGACUUGGGGGAAAUGGGACCCUUGAGGCUAUUCUGGACAGCUUGAUCAUUGAAGACUCGUGAAGAAUAUGAUGAGAGUUGUACUAAGUGCGUGUACUAUAGGUUGUAAGUUGUACAUCAAAUUUGGAAAAUGUAUUCGGUACUCCAGUAGUAUGUAAACCAAUAAACUUCCGAUCACUUGGACCACCUAUGAAACACCGUUAGCCAUCUGAGGCGACCCUCCUUCGAACCUGUUCCGAGAGAGACUGCGAUGUUUUUCUCGGGUUCCAGGGAAGCCCUAGAUCCUCUUUGCCCCGCUAUGUGCGAAGGGACGAGGACCAUAAAGUUUUUAAAAAUCAUCAAUAACGUUAUUCGUCGUCGUCGUCUUCAGCGUAGUCAUCAUUCCCACCAUCACUAUCAUCUCCAAAGAAUGCAUCGGACGUAACAUCUGAAGCCUUAAAGCUGCUUUUAGUCGACUUUUUGGCGCUUGCUUUCUUUUUGGCAUCUUUUGUUGGAUUCCAGGUAGCUCUGCUCUCGUCUCGAACAUCCGUGCCAUCCUUGAGUUUCAUGUUCACCUCAGGUUCGGCACUCAACUCGCCAUUCUCCAUCUGUUUCCGAAUCCACUCGCGAACUUCCUCUCUCUCCUUUUCAACUUUUCCAGUCUCCGAGUUUGAGGGCUUGGACUCGGGGUGGCCCUGC